ACACAAACAAAAGGUCAUACCGAACUCCCUUGUAUCCCUCACCUCCUCUCAGAUCUCGGAUAAUCUUGUUAGGUUUAGGGUUCUCGAUUCUCUCCGGUCAAAAAUGGCGCAAAGGUUCUACAAUCAGAUCAAGGGUUUGAAGGUGACGGAUUUGCCUAACCAUGUGAAGCCGAUGCUGUCCCUCGAUUACAUGAAGAAGACAGCGCAGAAGGGGUUGGACAACUACCACGCCAAGUACAUUGAGACCAGCUCCAUCGAUCCUCUUCUUCACGUAUGCUUCGGCGGCAUGGUAUUCUCUUACCUCGUCGUUCUACCCGAGGAGCGUCGCCAUCUCGAGCACGCCCAGCACGCCAAAGAGCACGGCGGCCAUUAAUCCAUUCAUUUGGUUAAUGAGGCGGUUUGGGUGCAGUUCAUCGUAUCAUUGUGGUACAAUAAAGUCACUUGGACAUUGGGUAUUAUACCUAUUCUGUAAUUUGACUAUUAAAUGGGCGGUUUCCAUGAAUAAGUAGUCUUUGUCAUUUGAUUUGGUCUGUUGCUGGUUCUAUUAUUUCCAUCCGACUACUGUUCUGCCUCCUAAAUCAGUGUGGUGGAUUUAACCC